UUUGCUCACUUUGUUUGUGUUAUGAACCAUUCACCUAACCAUUCAUCUAAUAUAAAUUGAGCUGUGCUUUAAAAAAAAAAAAAAAAAAAAACACAAGGGACUCAAACCAAAACACCACGUGACUGAAAAGAUAUUUAGUAAAUUAUUUUUGUGUGAAAAAGAACAAACCAAAAGACACGUCGUCACGCACACAGAUAUACACUAGAGUACAUGCAGCCCCAAUUCCCGUCCCCGUCGUCCUAUAAGCAUUUUCAAAUCUCCAACACCUCCUCCCGUCACGCACACAGAUAUACACUAGAGUACAUGCAGCCCCAACACCUCCUGUUGUAACGCUUUUCUGAUUCAAAUCUCCUACAGCCACCACCACCUGCUACGCCAUGGCCGCCGCCGGAGCCUGUCUCUUAACCGGCGCUAAUUCCUCCCUGCUCUUCCGCCGGGAGCCAUCGUCAUCUGCCGGGAAAUUGAAGUCGGUCCUAUUCCAAAGCACGAAUCCACGCUUCGCUGUGUCUGUCGACCGUGUCUCAGCGAUGGCGGAGAAAGGAAGUCCGGCGGAGAUGAAACGAGAAGAAAGAAGCAGCGGUGCGGCACAGAGUGAGAAAAACCGUUGGGAGGGGAUGGAGGAAGAGGAGACGGAGAAGGUGAAGCAGCGGCGGAGCGGUUGGAAGGAUUACUUUGAGCAAGCGAAGGAGUUGAUCAAACCGGACGGUGGGCCACCGCGGUGGUUUUCGCCGUUGGAGUGUGGUUCGCGGCUGGACAACUCGCCUCUGCUGCUCUUCUUGCCAGGGAUUGAUGGCGUCGGACUUGGACUUAUUUUACAUCAUCAGAAACUGGGAAGGAUUUUUGAUAUAUGGUGCUUGCAUAUUCCAGUUGCAGAUCGGACACCAUUUACAGACCUUGUAAAAUUAGUUGAGAGGACUGUUAAGUCAGAAAACCAACGUUCGCCAAAUAGACCCAUAUAUCUUGUUGGAGAAUCUUUGGGAGGAUGCCUUGCAUUGGCUGUUGCAGCCCUUAACCCUGACAUUGAUCUUGCACUAAUUUUGGCGAACCCAGCUACUUCAUUCAGCAGGUCACAAUUGCAACUUCUUACACCAUUAUUGGAAGCUUUUCCUGUCCCACUCUCUCCUGGCCUGCCUAACAUUCUCAGUUUGACAGAAGGUGACCCUCUGAGGAUGGUGUUGGAUAAUGUGGUGAAAGGACUUCCUAUACAAAGUACAGCUAGAGAGAUAGUUGAAGAUUUUACUACCCUAUCAUCAUCUCUUCAUGUUCUUGCUGACAUAUUACCAAAAGAAACACUUCUGUGGAAACUAAAGAUGCUGAAGACAGCUUCUGGCUAUGCCCAAGCACGUCUUUAUGCAGUAAAAGCUCAGACUUUGAUACUUUGCAGUGGAAAUGAUCAGUUACUACCCAGUCAAGAGGAAGGUGAAAGACUAUUUCAGUUACUGCCUAGUUGCAAGCUUCGUAAAUUUGAUAACAGUGGUCAUUUCCUAUUCCUGGAAGGUAGUGUUGACCUGGUAACGAUUAUCAAGGGCACUUCUUACUACCGCCGUGGCAAGUAUCAUGACUAUGUAUCAGACUUUAUACCGCCAACACCUGAUGAAGCCAAAAAAACAAUUGAAGCAUACAGUUUGAUUAACGAUGUUACAAGUGCUGUAAUGCUUUCAACUUUGGAGGAUGGAACCAUUGUCAAAGGCCUUGCUGGAAUUCCUUCAGAGGGGCCUGUUUUGUUUGUUGGGUACCACAUGUUGCUGGGAUUGGAUUUAGCUCCCUUGAUUUCUCGAAUCUUUACCGAAAGAAAUAUCCUUGUUCGAGGCGUGGCACAUCCCUUGUUUUUUGAGAGAAGGAAAAAUGGUAAGCUGCCAGAUCCAUCUUCUUUUGACUCAAUGAGAGUCAUGGGUGCUUUUCCUGUAGCAGGAACUACCCUCUUCAAGCUUUUAUCUACCAAGUCUCAUGUCCUAUUAUAUCCUGGAGGGGUGCGUGAGGCUUUUCAUAGGAAGGGUGAAGAAUACAAGUUAUUCUGGCCUGAACAAUCCGAAUUUGUCAGGAUGGCAGCUAGAUUUGGAGCCAAAAUUGUACCAUUUGGUACAGUUGGAGAAGAUGAUCUUGGCCAAGUAGUUAUUGAUUAUGAUGACUUGGUGAAGAUUCCUUACUUUAGGUCUGAAAUAGAAAGUCUUACAAAUGAGGCUGCGCAGUUGAGGACUGAAGCUAGUGGUGAGGUGGCAAAUCAGCAAAUUCAUUUGCCUGUAAUUAGGCCUAAAGUUCCGGGCCGGUUCUACUAUUAUUUUGGAAAACCAUUUGAAACAGAAGGAAGGAAACAGGAACUUAGGGACAAGGAAAAAUGCCAAGAAUUAUACUUAGAAGUGAAAUCUGAGGUUGAGAGAUGUAUUGCUUAUUUAAAGGAUAAACGCGAAAGCGAUCCCUACAGAAGUAUACUGUCACGGCUGUUAUACAGGGCCACGAAUGGUUUUGCGUCUGAGGUUCCAACAUUUGAAAUUUGAUUAUUCAGCACAAAGAAAUGGUCAUUUUCUAGAAA